CUUUUGCUGGAUCCGAUAGGAAAGAAAGCUCUGGAAGCUCCGAGGAAUCCCGCCCUACUCGAGCGAGGUCAAAAUAGCUGAAGCUGUUCUCUCUUCUGUGGUGAAUAUCAGUUCUGUGUUCUGGUUCUGUAAUUUCUGAAUUGAGGUUGCAGUUAAGAGAAUUUUCCAAAUUUGGUGAAGAUGUUGCUGGUGAUGAACAUAUGUGGUGGUAUUAUCUUUGCAUGCUGCCAAUAAGAUGUGAUAGAGAAGCGCCUUUCCUGAUGAAUGUUCCGAAGGAAACAUGGCCUUAGACCAACUAGUUGAUUGUGUAUUCAGUGGUGGAUAGAGGAUCUAGAAGGAAUGUCAAACUUUUGCUCAUACGAGCUUGAAGAUAAUGUGUGGGAUGAAUUUGGUGAGAAUGAUGAUCAUAUAGUGCCCCAUGCUGGUGAUGAACGUAAGGAACAGUUUGCAAUACAGGGCAAUAGCUGCAAGAAACCCUUCCAAGAAUUCCAUAAUAGUAAAAGUGCUGAAAAUGUUACUAGCCACACUACUCAUGAUAAGGAGAAAUUAUGCUUAGUGUCUCAGAAGGAAAAGAUGUUGGAAAAGGAUUCAUGGUCUCAAACACCUGAAGGCGUGUUUCCUUCAUGCACUGCUGAGACAAGUGAAGAGGUGAAAAGACUAGCAUCAGAUGAUACAGGGAUGUCUGAUCGAUGUGUCAAGAGCAGCAAUAUGGGUUCUAAUGGUAGUGAGUUUUGUGCUGAUGAUACUAUUUUGGGAGACAAGCAUGUAGUUGAAGAUGAUAGCGUGUGUCAAUAUCUGAUCAACCACACAUCACAAACUGACAAUGAACUAAGUUUUCUUGAUAAUGAUGGGUGGCUUGAUAUUGGAAACUUUGAAGAUGUUGUCCGGAUGUUUAGAAGUUGUGACUCAACAUUUGGAAUGGGGAAUCUUAAUAACGAAGAAAAGUUCUGCUGGCUCCCAUCUUCACACAGCACGGAAGAAUCUAAUGAAGCAUUGAAGUCUGACUUCGAAUUUUCAUGUGCUGAAGCAGAUCCAAUGAAAAUUAUGUCAGAUUAUAAAAUUGAUUCCAAACCAGAUAUUGAAGGUCCGCCAAUUGCUGAUUUCAACGAAAAGCCAUCUCCUGUUGAUAGAAGAUUGAGAUGUCAAAUUGAUGUUGAUGAUGAUGCUGUCCCUGGUCAAUUAUCAAUGUUAAAUGAACUAGACAUGAAUUCUGGUUAUACAAAUAACUUGAGGUUCAAAGAUAAGAUGCAAAGGAAGCUGUCCAAGGCAUCUGAAAGAAUAAUAAAAGAUGACUGCCUGGAAAAUGGUGAUUCUUUUCAUCAAUUUCCUCCUCCGGCUCAAUAUGGAGAUGUGAAACAAGCCAGUGAAGCCUCUUCCAGUAGGGUUAAUUCUUAUGCUUGCACCCUGCAACAUAAACGAAACCUUAAUUCAGGCACACAGACAGAAGUUCCCCUGAAAGUUCCAGACUAUAAUAAUGGACCAAAUCACACUUUUCUCCUUCCAAUUUCAUCUGGAUCCAGAUCUGAUCUUGAAGGCAAUCCAUCUCCUCUACAAGUAUCAUCAUCUGCAUCAAACAUGGCCAGUAUUCAUGGUCAUUCCACGCAAGGUGCUUCCUUAAAAACAAUUGAAAAGGGAGAAAAGUUAUUCCACAGCUAUGAUGCACUGGCACUAUCUAAGAGUUCAAAAAAGGGAAAUAUGGUGACUGUAGUACCAUUUAGCAGUCCAGGUUCAGCUCAACAGCAAUUGCACCAGUUUGAAAAUGAGAAUGAAGGUCAUAGUGUAGUGGGAGCAGUUAGCAUAGGAUUUUCGCCGGAAAUAGACUCAUCAAAUGUGCAGGAAAGUUCAUCCAUGAGCUCUGCACUGGAGGAAAUCUCCCUUGAAGCCACUAGCUUUCGUCAGCUACAACUGGUCAUGGAUCAGUUGGAUAUUAGAACCAAAAUGUGCCUAAGAGAUAGUUUGUAUCGCUUGGCUAAGAGUGCUGAACAAAGACAUGCUUGUGCAAACACAAGUUGUAGCGUUGGAGAAGGUGUUGAAGCUUGCAAAGCUAUGGUGCAGAACCCAAGCAGGUGUACUGGACUUAUGGAUUUGGAAACUGACACCAAUCCCAUUGAUCGGUCUAUAGCACACUUACUGUUUCACAGGCCCUCUGAUCCAUCUAGGUUGCCUCUUGACGAUACCUUACCUUUGAAAACUAAUGUUAUGCAGAUGCAUCCGUCAGUGACCAAUCGACCGGUGGGGACUGAGAAUCAGGAAGAAGCUAUUAAUGGAGCGGAUCAAAAAACUUUCGGAGGUUAAUGCCUACAGAAAAGAACAAAUAUUCCUGGGGAUCACACAAAUGACUGUUCCACCUGAUGGUUUGACAGGUUUCAUUCAUAUAUUUUUUUUUUUUUUGGUGUGUUCCAUUUUUACGCACGUUUGUGGCAACUUGGAGUUUUAUUCUUCCUAUAGUUUUAGGAUCAUCAAAACAUGUUAUUCCUGAGGAACUCACUGCUCUUGAACAAGAUGCAUGGGGGAACUCAAACCUUGCCAUGUGUUCUUCAUGUUCUGCAUUUUGUCCCAAUGCUAAGUUUACCUGUCCAA